CCCCGAACAUAUGAUCGCGAAGAGAGCGGCCGCCGAAAUUGUCAUUUCUUUCUCUCUGCGACUCCCGCCGAUUCACCUCGCCGCAAAUUCGCCUCCGUCGCCCGCCUAAACUCUGGUCUCGAAGAGGAGUUUCGCGAUUCCUGCCGCAAAUUUUCCAACUCAAACACGCAACAGGAGACUCGCAUCCGACCCUCUUUGGCCAGAGUCUGCAAUAAUAUGUCCAGGAAGAAUGGGCAGCAGCUCACAUUGCCAGCGAUGCUCAAGAGAAAAAGGUUGGCCGACGGCCCCAAGGAAGAGGCUUUAGAAUCGUCUCAACCAAAGCGGCGCUAUUUGCAGCCAAUCAACAAACAGGACACUGUCAAGCCCAAAUCGGUUUUGAGACGGCGACCGUCGAUGGACGACGAAAACCGCACCCUUUCAAAAUUUCGAGAGAUGACUUGCGUGGUGACGCAUCUGCAGGAGCGCAAGUGUCCGUUCCCGAGCUUCCCGUGGGCCAACCGGGACGUGCUGUGGCAGUCGAUGGUGGGGCCGGACGUGCGGAGCCGCCAGUCGCGCGACUCGUCCAUCUUCGAGAGCAACCCCGAGGUGCAGCCCAAGAUGCGCUCGAUCCUGCUCGACUGGCUCAUCGAGGUGGCCGAAGUCUACAAACUGCACCGCGAGACCUACUACCUGGCGCAGGACUACGUCGACCGCGUCCUCUUCGCCUCCCAGGGCAUGCCCAAGAACGAACUGCAGCUGCUCGGCAUCACGUGCCUCUUCGUCGCCUCCAAAGUCGAGGAGAUCUACCCGCCCAAGGUGUCCGAGUUCGCCUACGUCACUGACGGCGCCUGCACCGAACAGUCCAUCUUGGACCACGAAGUCUACGUCUUAAAGGCCCUGGAGUGGGACCUCUGCCCUUUGACCCCUGCCGGGUGGGUUCGUCUGUACCUGCAGUUUUCGUCUCGCAGCGGCGAAGAGAACAAGCUGGACAUGCCGCGGUUUCCGCCCAAGGCGCUGCCCAUGGUGUCGCGUCUGCUCGACCUGGCCACCCUGGACUCAGGGUGCAUGACCUUCUCCUACUCGGAGCUGGCGGCCGGCGCGUUUGCCCUAGUGUACGGUCGCGAACGCGCCCUCGACGCGUCCGGCUUCCAGUGGCCCGAGCUGAAGAAGUGCGUCGCGUGGAUGGCCAGGUUCGCCAUCACCCUGCACACCGAGGGCCUUAUCGUCAUAGCCGGGACGGAGGAGGUCGAGGUCGCCGACCAAGACGUGCGGCCCGAACUGGUCCUCGCAGCCACCGCCCACGUCGAGAACGAGCACAACCUGCAGAGCCACGUCGUCACCCUCAAGAUGCUGGUGAGCGCCUACGAACCUGGUGUCGGGGAAGUUGCGCAAAAGUGCUUCGAAGAGAACUUUGAAGAGGAAUUAACCAGUGGCAAGUCUAGUUCGUCCUCUCCGGAGAGCAAACUGAAAACCCCCAGCAACAAAGUCAGCAAACACCCAGAGGAUGCUGAGGGUUUCGAGAAGGCGCCAGUGAAGAUGUCGUCGACAAAGCCCCUUGCUCAGAACCUGAACCCCAAGGAGCUCUUUCAGUCCCCCGAAGUGACAAAAUUCGAUCGUUAGACUUAAGGCGCGUUUUUUUCUGACCGGAAUAUAUCAAUUCUAUAUAAUUUACUGUAAAUAAUAUAUAUUUGACUAUUUUGUCGCGGGACGUGAUUGAUUGUGCUGGGGAGACUAAUUAAUUUUUGUUGCAAUUAUCUUGUUUUAUUAAUUUUCACCGUAAUUUAUUGCAAUUUUAUCGGUCAAGACUGCAGGUUGAUUGAGAGCGCUAGUGUAAAUAAUUUAUGAGACGUGUGUUCCGAAUGAAGAAAAAGAGGAGGAGAAAAAAUAUUCAAUUUGCAGAGAUUUUGCAUCAAAACUUUCUGUGGAUUUGCUGAUCAAAGUGCUCGCCUUUAAUUAUUAGAAAUAAAUUACUAAAUUGUACGAUUGCGUUUUUGAUAUGAAUUUACAGGACGGAGAACUUAAUGGAACUUUUUUGGAAAAAUUAUAAUAUAUGCAUUAUAUAAAUACCGUCUUUCAUGAGAAAUGAGAUGUUCAACGCUCAUGUUAGAAGCAGUGAUUCUUUGUAUCUUUAAUAAAAUUCUCAACAAAA